AUUGUCAGAUGAAAGGAGAAUACUAAAUAUGGCAGCUCUGAUAGAGAAUACUAUCAAUAAUCAGUUUGUUCAAUCAGUGUUAAACUCUGGUGAACUGCAGAGUCUAGCAGAGGCUGGUAAUGAGACUGUGUCAAGUGUACUGAAGCAUCAAACGGUACUGCAAGCUGUACAACAAGGAUCUCAGCUCAUUAAUAACUACAACCUUAGAUACUUCUUAGGUGGGUUGGCUCUAGGAGCAUACUUCGGGUUUCGUAUCGGAGCUGUUUCUAAUAGAGCUAAAGCCCUGGUAGAGAACACAGAAUGGAUGAGAGCUGCAACAGUAAACUCCUACGACGGAAUACAGGGUAUCACGGUCCAAAACGUUGAGGUUCCUAAAGUACUCGGAGAUACAGAUAUUCUAAUCCGGGUUAAAGCUGCAUCCUUGGACCCUAUUGAUAUCAAGGUAUCCCAAGGGUAUGGAAGAGGACUAAGAGAACUAGUCAACAAGUACAAUCCUAAUACUAAGAGAGAAACGUUCCCUAUAGUUCUGGGACGUGAUGGGACAGGAGUUGUGAGUGAAGUAGGUUCGGAUGUUCACAAUCUUGCUCCGGGGGAUCGGGUUUGGUUUAUAGUUCCUCCUUGUUAUCAGGGUUCUCUCAGCUCCUUCAUUCUUCUCUCAAGUGAAUAUAUCCGACCUCUCUCUCCUUUGAAUCCGGGGCAACCCUACCCUACACCAGCCUUGUGGUCUGGGACCUCCUAGUCACAUCAGGAGGUCUAGGACCCUAUCCAGCUUCAACAGGUAAACGAGUAUUUAUCUGGGGUGGAGUGAGAGCUGUGGAGAGGUUAUGUGUCCAACUCUGCAAAGUUUGGGGUUGUGAUGUAACAUGUGUA